CUUCGGCAGCGACUCCCAGCGGCGGUUGAGGAUCACUGUGGAGAUCCAGGAGAGAUGCUGAUUUGGGAUCUGGUGGUUUUCUUGACCUUGCAGCUGUGGUCGUUGAUGGGCGCUCAGCCGGCGUGCAGGUCGCACACAGUGAGGACAGGAAAAGUGUUCAAUGUCGUACAAACAGUUACAGGGGAUGUCCUGCGCUUUGCAUUUCCAUUCACAAUGCUGAUUAGACACCCUUGUGACAAGAAACUGGCACUGUAUCUGGGGAAACACCUUUUUUUCACAAGAAACAACUUUGAGAGCAGUAUGCUUCCCUUCACCAUCCCUCAAUCAAUGGCGGUGGGGACACCGGAAGUGACAUCAGCUUUUUUUUCUGGUGAAGUAUUGCUGCUGGUAGUGAACCAUAAAAUCUACACUUAUGAAUACAGCUACAAUGUCUGGGGUAUCUCCUCAGGUGUUGAUCGGCCUGUUUCCCAUGUUCAUGUUGACAGUUGCUGUUUGGAAGAAGUACAGUUUUGUUUGGAAAUGAAUAAUGAUGUCUUUGCAUACAUGCGUGGAGAACCACUAUCUCAAACGAGGAUCUACCACUCAAGUAACGGAGGAUAUAAUUUCGAGGAAUUCAUCUUCCCAGGACAGAAGGAGUUGACGGGGACGUUGGGGGGCAUCUUCCACCUUCACUCCCUGUCCCAGGUCGGGAUGCUCAUCAUAGAAAAUGAAAAGGGUAUGUUUGCGUACUCAGAUCACCCCCUGAACCGAAGUUUGGGUCUGGUCUUUGAUUACAAGACGCCCCUAGAAAUCCUCUGCGUCCCAGGCCAGAGGGGUUUUCUGAUCCUCUGGAGUCAGUCCAGCCUAUUGGUAUCUCCCAAUUCAGGUCAGAUCAUUGACUAUGUAAAGCUGCAGGGGAACACGGUUUCUUCCUGGUCUGCGGACAACAUCACCAUCUACACCAUCACCACCAAUGAGAAUGAACUGGCCAUACUCACACGGGAGGAUGAAUUGUAUUAUGGGAGUCAUGGGUACCUGCAAACCACUGUAAUGAAACUUUUUGAACAAAGAACCUGGUUGGAGGAUGCCACCAUGACGUUCGAGGGCCCGGGGAUUCUGAAUAUACUUACUCCAGUUUCGGACCCGCAGUUUCAGGCAUUCGACUUCCAGAAGUGCUUCUUGAACCUUCAGACUCUUCUCAGGUCUCCUGCUUUCCACAUUCCAAAGUGCAAUGUGGAACUUCUGCAGGGACCACUAGAAGAUCAUUUAUACACCAUUGACAUGAACAGCAACCUGGAGCUGUCUGCCUUCAUGGUACCCCAGCCUGGCACUUUCCCGGUUUUACUGGUGAUGGUGAGCAACCCCCAUUCCCUGGGGUUUCAGGCAAUCCUGUAUGAGUAUGAGAACACCUUGGAUGGCAACAUCAAAUUCAAGCUGGACAUUGAACUCAAACAGCAACAUCACUGGGGCAGGUCAGACCCUAACUUCACCUCUAGCUUAAAGCGACCCACUGUAUCCUCCCUGACUAUAGAUAUAGCCAACAAGCCACUUUCAUGUGUGGACCUGAAGCCUUUGUCCACUCUCAUCUCAGUUGGCUGUGACACAAAAAAGAAGAUCGUUGUGCAGAACAAAAUUUCUGCCUGCUCCAAGGGUCUACUUGAUGCAGUGGAACUGCAAAAUAAUUAUCAGUAUAUCAUUGAGAAGAAGUAUUACCGCCCCAGAUUCUCCAAUCAGAAAGCCACUAGCGAUUUGCUGGUAAUUUACCCAUACAAGGAGCUGGGCUGCCCUCGCCUGGUCUACUACGACACUCCGUGGAAGCCCGUCAUGGAACUGUGGCUGGACGGGGAGCUGCAGCAUGUGGUGGACGCGGAGUAUGUGUUGCGGGAGGUGAACGGGGUCUUCACGUACUCGUACUCGCUCACGGCCGGCUCGGCCGGGUGUGUCUCCCAGCCUCAGAACUGGACCACCGUCGGCACCCUGGGCGAGAGGACCAUUAACCCCUGGAACAGAGAGACCUAUGUCAGCUGCCACAACCUGGACGAGAACAAUCCUUUGAGGUGGCCAGACGUCCAGUAUCAGAUCCUUGGGGGUCCAACAGACAACAAGUUGGUUUUCGAGCAAAGGAAUGGGAUUUACAUCUUCUUCAUCUCUAUCGUGGAUCCAUACUUCAGUUACUGCCACUUGGAAACUACCUUCAGCAUCUAUGUGUAUGGUGCCUACCCACUCCCUUUGCUUCAACCGGUGGUCGUCAUCAUGGGGCUGAUAACCAGCACAUUGCUGGCUGUAUGGCUGGCCUACUUCAUCCCAAAGCAGCUGGAAACUGAGAAAGGACACCACUUCCAGGAUUUCUGGUCCUCAGUGUGCCGAAGGACUGCACGGAUCUGCACCUGCCAGUGGCUGUGGCGCUGGCAACGGGCCAGGAAAAUCCAGGCAGCCACCAAGGGCCCCACUGAGGACAGCCAGCGCCAGGAUCCCCAAAUCGCCCAUGCUUUGGUCUCAAAAUAA